UACUUCAUCUUCUGUUGAAGGUCAUCAUGUAUCUUAAGGAAACAAUUAUUCACUCCUUUCCUGCUUACUUACUUUCGUCCCUCUUUUUCUUCCCGUUUGAAGCAUUUCAGCGUUCUCGUUCUUCGAUUCUCAAUUCCGCAUAACGUAACUUUCGGAGUUCAGCACAUAAGUAUUUGCUUCUCUUUUAUUUCAGUAGGCCAGGGAAAAUAGCCCGCGAGGACGUCCAUUUGGAAGAAGUGAAUGUGUUAGGAUCACAAAAAUCAGCUCGGACACGUUUUUCGUAGGCGACGAGCCACUUGAAUCAUUCAUUCGGUCUGAUAUUCCAAUUUAUUGCGAGCCGUACAUCCAUACACUCACUUGGAUAUACAAUCUGUUUCAAUCCUUUCCGCAUCUUUCCUGCAACACUAUCCACUUCUAUUUUUUCGGCAUCACGACUGGCUUUGUUUGUAGCCUAUAACUUCUGUACAAUCGCAUACUUACACAUCACUUGAACCGUCACAAUGCCUCCAAAAUCAAACGCAACGAAGAAGGAACGACUUACUCUGGCUCAAUUAUGGUCAUACGAUGAUAUAUUGACAGAUGCGCUUGUUGACCAGGUUUACUAUUGGACCAAUAUUCGCAAAAAUCGCAUCGCAUACCAUUCAUCUCGUGGAAUUAGAGAGGAAGAUGUGACCAAAAUUCUCCAAAAUUCAGUCAUCAUUGAGAAAAACACUGCAAAAGCAGAGGCAGAACUCUUAGCUCUUCCAGGUCUCAAGAAAUUUCAACAAAGUCUCAAUUCGGAAAAAGAAAAGGAGGACUUUAGGCGUCAUCUUAAAAAGUACAUCAACAUUUAUCUACCAGAUUGUCCAUUCGAAGUUUCGAGCACGAAUCGUUAUACUGUUGUUACACAUGAAGCGGCAGUUGUUGCGCGGAGGGAAAUUAGAAAAGGAGAGGUAGUCAAAUAUCUUUCCGGAAUUCAAGUAGUUAUGACACCUGAGGAAGAAGAACACAUUAAUCUUCUGCGCAGAGACUUUAGCAUUGUUAUGUCAAGUCGUAACAAAUCUGCAUCACUAUUUCUCGGACCAGCCCGAUUCGCAAAUCACGAUUGUGGCGCAAAUGCUCGUUUGAUGACGAGCGGAACUGCCGGAAUGGAGAUUAUUGCAGUUAGGGAUAUUGAGAUUGGCGAGGAAAUUACGGUCACCUACGGCGAGAGUUAUUUCGGCGAGGAUAAUUGCGAAUGUCUAUGUAAGACUUGUGAGGAUAACCGCGAAAAUGGAUGGGCCCAAGACGAUGAUAAUAAUGAGUCUAUUCCCAAAUUAUCAAUUGAACAGGAACCAUCACCCCCAGAGGUACCAGGUUAUAGCCUUCGACGUAGACGACGACUCACUUCUACGGUAUCUGAAUCGCGUUCCGAAUCGAUGACACCUGACAUUAAUUUACGACCACAAGUACGAAAAAUGCCACCAAAGUCGGGUAGAUCAGCUUCGUCAGCUCAGAAUGGACGCUCUCCUGCUCUGGGCUCUCCACCUUCAGCCUCAAAUCGGUCUGUAUCUAAAGUAGACCAAGUUGAUGAAGACAACCUACUAUCACCAACAGGAUCAUCGAAGCGAAGAAGAAUGCCUAGCGAGGAAGAUUGUUCACCAAGUACUCCGAAAAGAAGACGACCAUCUCAAAAGAUUGAGCGUUCUCCAUUAGGAGUUCUACAUGGAGUGAACGGAAGCGAAAUGCCUAGCUCCCCGGAAUCGGAUAUACUACAACAAAACCUUCUGGUCGAAUGGGACCAACCGGUAACUCCAGGUAUGCCUUCACCAAUAAUAGAUCCUGGAAGAUCUCGGCCAUUGAGAUCAAGCACACUUAAACGAAAGAGAGACUCCGAGGAACCAACAGUUUCGCCAUCCGACACGACAAAGCGAUUGAAGAGCCAGUUUUCUGUAAAAGUUGAAGAGUUCACGCCUACAUCAUUUUAUGGAAACAAUGGCCAUGUCACCUUACCAAGUUCUGCUUCAGAAUCCAGGAGAGCAAGUUUCACAUCCUCUCCUUCAGGGGAGGAAAAAGGGGAAACAGAUGCAACAUCAGUCGAUGAAGAAGAGACGAUCGUGGUACUAAAUGAGAAACCUGUUUCUGUCGAUUCUAAACCUAAGCGACAGGGUUACGUGAAAAGGGGAAAUCAUGGUGGUCGAAGAAGAGGGCCGUUGUGGGAAAAGGAAAAGCGAGAAAGGGCGGGCCAAACAAAAGUCAUCACACCAUCAGAAAUUCAGAAUGCAAAGAAGGCGCCAUCAGAAGCUGUUCUCGUCAGUCCAAAUACCAGCAAGUCACACCCAGCUUUACAAGAUGAUGCAGAUUCGUCCGCCCUUUCCGAUCUUGGAUCCGACAUGGAAAUAGACGACUCAACAAUGACAAUCUCGAAGAAACUUCCGCAGCCCAAAAUUCGACGACGCCGCAAAGGAGUAGUUGUACCAUCAACUAAUGAUAAGGACCAUGCGCCAAAUGUACGAAUUCCUGGUGACUACGUAUUGACCCAUGCACUUCUCGCUGAGCCAGCAUCAGCAUGGAUCAAUUGCAAGAUCUGUGAAGAACCUUUUGUUCAGAAAGAUGCAUAUUUUACUAGAUCAUCUUGUCCAAGAUGCGAACGCCAUAGUAAGCUGUAUGGAUACAUGUGGCCAAAAACGGAUAAAGAGGGCAAACAUGAUGAGGAGGAAAGAGUUCUAGAUCAUCGUACUGUUCAUCGUUUUAUCAAAUCCUCGGAAGAAAAAGACAUCAGGAGGAAGAGUGGACGCGGGAGUACUGGGAGUAGAGAAGUAACAAAAGAAGCUAGUGUAACUCCAGCGGCAUCUGUUAAGAUUAAUGGGGUAAAGAAAUCAUUCAAGGCAGGUGGUCUAUUGAGAGUGUAUGGGAGGAAGAGUGAACGAACUAGGAGAGAUAGAUUCACUUUGUAAUAUAUUUGAGGGAAGGAUAGAAAGAAAAGGUUUAUGAUAUGAUAGACGACGAUGGGAAAUAGGGACGGUCGUGAGGUUUGGCACGCACAUUCUUUUCUUGUGUUUUAUAUUGAAGUUAAAGAUUUGGGGUAUGGGCUACUAUAACUACUGCGGAUGGUGGUUGUAGCAUGGUGUCUGGCGAUUGGGAUUUGGUUUGUCAACGGAAAUUACUUACGGAAUAUCAACGGACAAUGAGGAAUGGCUUGUAUUAUACCGUUUGGUGGAGCGAUGAAAUUAGUGUACUAUAGAGGAGAGAAGGAUUCAUAUAUUUUCUAGAAUAUUGUGUUGCAUUGCUGCGUGCUGGAUACAUGGGAAUGAAUACAGUUUCUGAUAUCCU